AAAAGAAGAAGAAAAAAGAAGAAAGAAAGCCGAGGAAGAAGAGAAAGCAAAGAGAGAAAUGGAACGCAUAAAGUCUAUAGUAACGGUUGGGGAUUAUGGCGAUUUCUUCUCUACCGACGUGCCGUUCGUGACCUUCAGUAAACUGAUCGACGUUCUUUACGCUAUGUUAGAAUCCAUGCCUGAAAGUAAAGGCGUCGAUUUGGUUCGUGAUCGUAUUCAAGCCGCAAUCUAUGAUAAAUUUCGAACCGUUAUAGAAAGAGAAGAUCCAGAAGCAUUGAACGAACAUAUGAAAGACGUCUUGAUCGUUUUGGCUGGAAAAAUAGCGAAUUGGAUGAAAAAUAUUCUUACAGAGUCGCAAAUCAUUUUCCUCGACAAAUAUCCAGCUGAAGUUGAAUCCGUUCAAAUUAGGGAUUGGUCGAAAUGGCUGACUUAUGUCAGCGAUACCGCCGACAAUUGGGCUACCUGGCUUCGCAAAGUUCUCGAAGAAGCUGAAGGUAUUAACGAAGAGGGAAUAACCCGAGGCGAUUGGCAAGACUGGACGAAAUCUGUCGACGUUGAUGCUCUCCUUUGGAGACGCUUUCAUCUACAAACUAUUCACCAGGCUCAUAGAAACGUCACGUUGAUGGCGCAGAGAGAAGUCGUUAAGACUGGCACCAAGACAAUGGAUUUUACCGAAAAAGAAAUACGGAACGCCGAUCUUCAAAUUGUCGCUUGAUUACCAAAAACUAAAUUGAACUAACGAAACGUCAAAAUUAAGUCGUUUUUAAUUUGUUAAAAAUUAAAAUAUUAAAAUAAAUAUGAAAUAUAUAAGAAUGGAAUGAUAAUCACAAUGCGUUACACGAUCAAUUUUAUUUAAUAUUUGUGUGCUUUUUUAUAGAUUCUUUUAACGAUCUACAGCUAACCGAUGAUAAUUAGAAAAUUCAUAUUCUUUCAUCUUCAAUUGAACAAACUUCUCUAUGUUUUCUAUCGUGAUUUUCUAUUUGCUAAACGAAUAACUUUUGUUGUUUUUUUUCGCGAUAUUUAUUAAAAAGUAUAUAAUGUAUAUGGCAUUAGAAUUCGCGUUAAACGUUUACACGAUCAACGUUAUUUCCGGAUUUUACCUUUAAUAUAUGUACGUUCGUAUAAGCAUACGAUAGGUUCA